GACCUCACCUCACCUCUCUAGUGCCGCUGCCGAUGACCACAUUUAUGUUGAUAUCAGUAUUAGACAGUCGGAUUUGAUGUUCAGCUGUUUUUAAGCAGUAAAAUGUGGUUAGUCUCUGAGUGUUCAAGAGAACACAGAAUAAGGAAUACUUAGAGAACUAGAAAGUGAUAGUAUUCAUUCAGUGGUAAAGGAAUACAGUACUUCUGUGAAUGUGUGUUUGGUGUGGGCCUAACCUCAAACUGUACCUAUUAAUUUUGUUUACUUUAAGUUUUGUUUUAUUUUAUUUUAUUAAUUUCAUGUUUUUAAUUUUUGAUUUACUUUAUUUGUUUAGUCUGUGAUGUAAAAGUGAGCUUAUGAACCACUAACAGAAUUGCAGCUUGAAAUAGAUAUCAAUGCAAAAUAAGAAUGUUAUAAGAAUAAGAAUUCCCAUGUAAAUAAUAAAAAAAUACCAGUUCACUUUAUACAAUUAAAUAAUCCAUGUAUCUGAACUUUUUAAUGAAACAAACUAUUCUGUCAAUUAUUGUAAGACGUUUUGUAUCAUCCAUGGCAAAGAGCAAAUUUGAAUAUGUAAGAGAGUUUGAAUCUGAAAUAAAAUGUUUACCCAACUGCUGGAUUGUAGUAAGAUUAGAUGGUAAAGGAUUCCACAAGUUUUCUGAUAUUCACAAGUUUGAGAAACCAAAUGAUAAGAAAGCCCUUGAUUUAAUGACAAAAGCGGCAUCUAGGGUAUUUGAAGAAUUACAUGAUAUUUGUUUUGCAUUUGGUCACAGUGACGAAUAUAGUUUUGUGUUCAGAAAAAACACAUCUAUUUUUAAUAGACGACAAGAAAAACUGCUUAGUUUAGUUAAUAGUAAGUUUUCUUCAGCCUAUGUUUAUCAUUGGCGAGACUUUUUUGAAUCUACUGAGUUGAAGUACCCACCUGCAUUCGAUGGAAGAAUUGUUCUGUAUCCGACAGAUUCAAAUUUGCGAGACUAUCUCAGCUGGCGCCAGGCAGAUGCUCAUAUUAAUAAUCUUUACAACACAGUUUUCUGGGCGUUGGUUUUAAGAAAAAAUAUGACAACAAAAGAGGCAGAAGAAAGACUGAAGGGAACCCUGUCAUCUGAGAAAAAUGAGAUUCUUUUUUCUGAGUUCAACAUCAAUUAUAAUAAUGAACCAGAGCAGUUCAAGAAAGGUACAUCUCUGGUGCGAAAACUAAUAAAGCAACCAGGAAGAAAGAUAGAACUUUUUGCGGUUCCUCUGCACUGUGAUAUUAUUGGUGACAAAUUUUGGGAAGAAAAUCCUGAAAUUUUGGACUGCAAAGCGGCAAUGAAAUUUGAAAACGAUGAAAAUAUUCCUGUGCUUUCAAUAACGUCUAGAAAGUAUGUUAUUUAAUUAUAAAUGUAUGACUUUAUUUUUUACUGUUGAUAUUAACUGUGCCCAUUCUGAAAUAAAGGAUUUUGUAAAGAA